AUGGCUCCAAUACGCCGAUAUCUACGCAUCACCAAAUACUCAGUCCUUGAAUGCCGCAUCUACCUCGACAACCCAGCCUUGGUCCAGACUUGGCUACUGAAUCCACGCAAUCCCAUCCUUCCCAAAGUCAUCGAGAGCAUCCGCCCAUUCGUCCUGCCCAAACUGCGCGAAGAGAGGGAGCGCGAGCGCACAAGAAAGAAGAACAGCAAGAAGAAGAGCAUCAAGGAUGUCGUCGUUCAUGAUGAAUUUGAAGUUUCCAUCUUCCUCACCGAGACCCCCACACGACACUCACUGCUCACCAAGCAGAAACACUUCAGGGAAAAGGCCACGGGCAAGCUGAAGUCCACCAACUCGAAAAAGCUCACGGACAUUGCCAGCGAGGCACCCGUUGGUGACCCAGAUGCAGACGGAAACACGGCGGCCGAGCCGAUUGUCUUGCGAGAGGAGAGCGAUGAGGAAGCCGCUGCCGCAUUAGAAAACAUACCACCUGUAACUAGAGAGGCGGUGACGGGGCGGCCUAAGAGGCGGCGCCACACUGCGAUAGACGAGGACGAGGAGGACGAGUUCAGGGCAUCAUCAGACGACGAAGCUGAGGAGGAUAGAGACGCAAACGCCAGUACCAUCGAGAUCGACUCCGACGUCGAUGAAGAGGGCCCCCCACCUCCCAAGCGACGGCGGAAACAAGCCACAGGAACGGGUGGUGCCGACGACGAGACGAAUGACAAGAAGAAACUGGCCAUGGAUAUCACAUUUGAGGGAUUUGCCAUAUACGGCCGAGUGCUCUGCCUCGUGGUCAAAAAGAGAGACGGCGCAGGCAUCACCAGCGGUAGCAGCCGAUCCACUGGCAAAGGUGCCGCAAGUGCAGCGGCGGCCGGGACUACUGCCAAGCCUGCGGGACAGGCGGUGAUGGAGAACUGGAUCAGCUCGACCCAGGCGCCUAACCCGGGAGCGGAGGAGGAUGCAUCGUAA